CUGAUAUUGCAUUAUAAUCUGUUAUUACAUUAUGAUCUGUUAUUACAGUAUGAUCUGUUAUUACACUAUGAUCUGCUAUUACACUAUGAACUGUUAUUACACUAUGAACUGUUAUUACACUAUGAUCUGUUAUUACAUUAUGAUAUGCUAUUACACUAUGAGCUGUUUUUACACUAUGAUCUGUUAUUACAUUACGAUAUGUUAUUACACUAUGAGCUGUUAUUACACUAUGACAUGUUAUGACGUAAUGAUUUGUUAUUACAUAAUGGGUUGCUACAGCGUAGUAUCAUCAGAGGGAGUCUUGACCUGAGGAAGGAGAUGGCAAGCAGGAGGAGGCCGGCGUAGGUCAGUGGCUCACUCAGUCUCUGGAACAGGUGCAGAUCUGAAGAAACUUCCUCCAAGAUGUCCUGUGACACCUGCUGCAGAGAGCGGCUGCUGUUGGCAUCCAGGUCAAAGCUCACAGAGGCUGAGAUGGUAAAGUCAAACUCCUCCUUUAAUCUCUCAAACGCUGCAACAGUAGCUGAAGAAGGAAAUCAUAACUGAGCUCAGCAGGAGGAUCAGGGCCUGUGUGCACUGACAGAUACCUCAGCACUCAUUAUCGCUCAAUGACAGAAGCUUAUUAUUAUUAUUAUUAUUAUUAUUAUUAUUAUUAUUAUUAUUAUUAUUGUUGUUAUCAGUCUUUUUAUUUUUAUUAUAAUUAUUGUUAUUAUUAUUAUUAUUAUUAUUAAUAUUGUUGUUGUUGUUAUUAUUAUUAUUGUUAAUAUUUCUGAUCAAUUUUAUUUACUGUCCAGUCCUCUCACCAUACAGACCACAAACCCAGAAAAAGAUUUAGACCUAAAGAAAAAAACUCACGAGCUGCCAGACGUUUCCUCAGAUGGUCAGCGAUGUAGACGGGGACGGUGCAGAAGAGCUCGCCGGCUGAAACAGCAGAGUUAAGAUUUCUUCAUCAUGGGUUUGAUAGUUUUGGUUUAGACAUGGAUGAAUGUGAACAUGUAGUUUUCACCGAGCACAGCAGGCUGAUGUCAUAUUACCAUGUCAGUGAACGCACCGUGGGCGAUGCUGCAGAGCGGCAGGAAGCUGUCCACAAUGUCACACAGGAAGUUGAACUCUCCCAGCAGGUAGGAGCAGUCAGCUCGAGCCUCAGCAAACACCGCCCGGCACUUCCUGUACGGAGAGCCCAGUUUGGCGUUACACACUUCCCCGAUGUCCACCAGGAAGUGAAGGACGUUCCUCAGAGUGCGAGCUGUGGGGUCAGAGUUCAGAGAUGUGUCAAUUGCUGUUUCUCUACAACAGAAUCAAAACAACAGACUGAGGCUCGUUCGCUGGUGCCUGUGCUCCUAAAACUGGAGAGAAGGUCAGAGGUCAAAGGUUGUCUCCUCAUUGUCAUGGUCUCGUCUUCAUCAAGGACUAAAAGUCCAGGAGGAAGAUUUUGGAUUCUGACACUUUUAGGAGAAGACGUCAGUGAACGAGGCGCCGUAAUCUCUCAGGUAAACUCUCAAACGGCGGCCCCUCACCAACAUGGCGGACGCCAUUGGUCAGAGUGUGGAUGAAGUUUUGGACUCGUCCUGCGACAGCGUGAGCGUUACUGCCGAUCUUUUUGAUUUUGUCCAACGCUGCUAAAAACACAAACACAGAGGAAGUGAUGUCAUAACCAUCUCUAAGCUGAAGCACGGAUUCAGGUGUUUUCACACAUGAUGAUGUUGGUGGUUGGAUCUUACAGAAAAGGGGUGUGGCUGAUCUCUGCAUUAGUUCUUGUGUCUGAUUGGCUGCCAGCUCGGCUCCACACAGCAGGCUGGCGGCGGCGCGUUCCAUAUUUUCCAUUGUGUUGGUCAGAGGACCGGACAGCAGCACCGAGGCAAACAGGAAGAGGAAGAAUCUCCGCCCAUGAGCUGAAACAUGAAAGGAUGGACUGUGAUUGGCUGAGCAGAGCCACACCAAUUCCAAAAGCUCCGCCUUUUUUUUGAAAGCUCAUCAUUAAAAUGAGACUCUGGGUCAGUAAAGGAUGCUCUCUGGUGCCCCCUGUGGUCAGCUAAUUUACCUGACCUUCUUACACUUAUAAACACCUGAGACUCACCUGAGCAGAGUGAGGGCAGCAUCACCAUGAUAUUAGCGCGGACGCCAGCUGACAGACCCAAACCAAAGGCGGCGAGGGCGGCCAUGAUGAUAGCGGUGUAAGAGCAGAACCACAAUGGCUGUUUCUGCAGGAAGAGAGCCGUGAGAGCGUACACAGACACCAACAGCAGCCCGCAGACAAAUGCCACGAGGCUCCUACCCCCGUCCACCAAGUGACCUUUGACCUUUGUUAGUGUAGAGCUGCGGUUAGCGCGUCCUGCUGACCUGAGGACAGAGAGAGAAAAAAACAUGGACGGUAAGACAGAAACUCGACUGUUUAUUAUCUGACUGAAGAGGAAUUAAUGAGUCAGUGACACGGCGCUCAGGACACAGACGUUUCAAUAAGUUCACACGCCACAGGUGAUGUCUCUCAGACUGAGCAGUGAUGAAACCCGCCGCACAUAAGUAACUCUGUUUGUGAUUCUAUGAAUGGAUGAGGGGAAGGCAGACUGCUCUGUUAGAAUCUGCAACCUAUCAUCCAAUCAGAAAAUAGUAUUUCUCGUUGCUAGGUGAAAUGGCAGCGCUGUAAUCAUGUCUUCCACGCCAAGCAAACACAAAAAUGCUGCUAUUAUGUGCGCAUGUCAAAGAAGAGCGGGGAGUGAAGGCCUGAAAUCAUGUGAUCACUUCAUCACUUCAUUAUUUUACAACAGCUGCUGAUUUCAGUCGAGGAACUGAGCCGGAUGAUUUCUUCAUGGAUCUUUUUAUUAAAUUAUACCUCAGUUUAAGUUAUCUCCAAACACACUUCACCCUCACCCCCAUCAUAGACUCUGCAUUAAUAGAUGUCAUCUGCCUCCUUCCUGGGUAAAGCCACCACAGGAACAGCAACACCUGGUGACGGGCUGCAGUAUAGGUCAUAAACCCCGCCUUCUCCAGUGAAACAGAGGGAGCUGCAGGUAAACUUUAAUGUCAAAUACAAGUCAUAUAAAUGUUUCUCCCCCCUGGUUGUGAUGUUGACAUGUAGUUACUGUCAGACUGGUUUGUGCUCAAGUCCUCUUUUUUCUGUACAGAUUCAUUUUUAAAAGUUAUUAGGGCGUUCACGUUUUCUAUGAUUGACACUUGAUACAGCCUAUGGGUGUAUGAAGAUUGGAAGCUCCAUAGACAUCUAUAAGAAAGACUAGAUGACUCGAGGCGGAGUCAUGGGUGUCCCUACACGAUGGCCAUCUUACUCCAGUCUACCAUUCUGGUACGCUCUAUGGUAGCUGACAGGAGGUGAGUAAUCUGUAUGAUCAAAAAUACUCUUAGCUCGCUGAAAUCUUGACAGAUUUACAAAUGGUUUUGUUUAUUACAGACCUUAAUACUGGCUAUGAGUCGGGAUGCUUGGGCAUAUUAAAAUGACAGAUUUACUUUUAGAGAAAAAAAGAGUUAAUCAUGAAGCACAGUUGUGUCACGGCUAUUUGUGCGCAAGGGCUAACUCUGAGUCGCUUUGUCAAGGCUGAGACCACAAUCAAGAUUUUAAUUUCUUGUACGACAGCCUAUUUUUUAUUACUAAUAAAUAUUGCUAAUAUAACAUACAUGGAAUUAUUAAAUGUUUAAAAUGAUUUAAUAUAACUGCCUUAUGUGUGUAGGGCUAUAGCUAUUGCUCUACCUAUCUGCUUAAUGUUUAUUUAUGAAAAUCCAUGCUUAAAAUUAUUCUUAAGUAUGCAGGAACAUAACUAAAACUCUGAGGUUUGUUACAAACCAAACCGUUUGAAAAUCAGUCUAAAAUUAAUCAAUCUAUGGUCAUUUAAAUGUUACAUGAACCAAGUUGGCUUUUAGCUUGGUACGAGCCAGGGCUCUCAAGUUCUGAACUAUUUAGCUCCAGGCUAACUGUCUUUAUCUCUCUAUAACUCUCUUUAGCCCUGGGCUAACUCUCUUUAGCCCUCUUCAACUCUCUUUAGCUCCGGGCUAACUCUCUUUAUCUCUCUUUAGCCCCGGGCUAACUCUCUUUAGCUCCCUUCAACUCUCUUUAGCUCCGGGCUAACUCUCUUUAGCUCUCUGUAACUCUCUUUCGCUCCGGGCUUACUCUCUUUAGCUAACUCUCUUUAGUAGCUCUCACCUGUGUAACACUCCUCUGGCGGUCUGCGUGACUCCUCUCCUUUCUACCUGCACUCUGACCUCAGUUUUCCUCAGGUGUCUCCUCAUGUUGUCCCUCCUGAUCCUCUCUGUGUCUCCGUAACUGUUUGUGAGUUUUUCUGUUGUCAUGGUAACAAAAAUAACGAAACUUCCAGAACCUCCAACCGAUCAACAAAAACGUUAGAAACUGAAGCUGAAGUCCGAGCUGUCUGACUGUUUCUGGGAGGAUGAGGACUUACUUGGGCUCACCUGCAAAUCCUCACCUGGGCAUACCUGCACCUCCUCACCUGGGCUCACCUGCACCUCCUCACAGCAGUGAGUUCAUCCUCCUUCACCUCCAUCACCGUUAGCUGCUAAUGUUAGCUGAUCUUUUAACUGUGUGUGUGUGUGUGUGUGUGUGUGUGUGUGUGUGUGAGUGUGUGUGUGUGUGUUUAUCUGUGUGUGUGUGUGUCCAGCUGUAGAGAGGAUCACUUUAGCCCACUGUCCCCCUGUCCUCCAUCGUUUCCUCUUCAGCCAAUCAGAGGAGUUUCCAGUGUCCCACCUGGUGGUCAGAGCUCUGUGUGGAGCAGUCAGUGGUGCAGGUAAACUUCACGGGAGAAAAAAGCUUUACAUUUAUUUUUUAUAUUCUGAUUCAAGUGACUUUGACUCUUUUACACUGUGACAAAUUAAACAACCUGAUUACUUGAACUCAAUAAUAAUAAAAACAAUUACAAUGAUUGGAAAUAAAAGUCUUUGAACACCGGUUUAUUCCAGUCAAGAAUAGGGGUGACUGGGAGCUGUGUUACAUCUUUCUGUAACUUAAACCUUCAUGGUUCCUCUCCUCCUUUUCCUCAGCUCCUUUCCGAAUCAGAAUCAAAGUUGAUGGAGUUUGUUUUCCGGUCAUCACGCUCACAUCUCCUGUGUCGAUACAUACAUGCAGAAAUCACAAAAACAAAGAAAACAUUAAAAGAGAGCAUAUUUGGAUACAGUUUAUCUCAGAUGUUGGUUUAGUGUCCAUGUGUCAGUGGGGAAGAAACUAUUCUUGCAUCUGUCUGAGUCGGCUGUCAAAGACCUGUAGCACCUCCCAGAGGUCAUGAGUGUGAACAGGUGGUGUGUGUGGUCAGAGGUGAUUUUCAGUGCUUGCUGUGUGACGUGUCUCUGUGGAUGGGAGGGUGUGGUCAGUGAUUUUGGAUGAUCUGAUGAUUAAACAUUGAAUUUUUUGUGACUUUCUGCGUUUCUGUCUCAGACGAUUAUCGAUGAUGUGAGGAUACUCUCGAUCAUGACCAUGGGGAACUGAAGGAGGAUCAUGUGUCUGACUCUGAACUUUUCUCUAUUUGGCGUUUUUGUACAUUUCAUCUGCAUGUUGUUUCCAUCUGAGUGUGUUACUGAUGUGUGUACCGAGGAUAUUUGAAGGAGUCCCUGAUGGUUAUGUCUGUGGAGUUGAUGGAGAGGCUGUUUUGGGUGAGAAGUCUAUGAUGAGUUUUUUAGUUUUUGUUGAGCUGAAGGUUUUUGUUGUGACUGCUGUGGUGACCUGAGCAGGUUAGUGGUUUUCAUUAUUGUCAGUGAUAAGUCCAAUUAUUGUUGUAUUGUCUGUGUGUUUAAGGAUGGAUCCUGAGUUGUGAGCAUGUUUGUGUCGAGGUAGGACAGAUAGGACACGACCCUGAGAAACUCUGGCGCUGGUGGUCAGGGAUUGGGAUAAGAGGCCGCUCAUCCUGAGCCUGUGACCUUUUAGACAGGAAGCUCCUAAUCCAGAGCUCCUCUCCUCAGCUCCUUCCCUGAACUCCUCUCCUCAGCUCCUUCCCUGUGCUCCAUUCCUCAGAUCCUCUCCUCAGAUCCUUCCCUGGGCUCCUUCCCUGGGCUCCUUUCCUCAGCUCCUUCCCAGAGCUCCUUUCCUCAGCUCCUUUCCUCAACUCCUUUUCUCAGCUCCUUUCCUCAUCUUCUUCCCUCAGCUCCUUCCCUAACCUCCUUCCCUCAGCUCCUUCCCUCAUCUUCUUCCCUCAGCUCCUUCCCUCAGCUCCUCUCCUCAGCGCCUUUCCUCAGCACCUUUCCUCAGCUCCUCUCCUCAUCUUCUUCCCUCAGCUCCUCUACUUAGCUCCUCUCCUCAGCUCCUCUCCUAAUCUUCUUCCCUUAGCUUCUUCCCUGAGCUCCUCUCCCCACCUUCUUCCCUCAGCUCCUAUCCCCAGCUCCUUCCCUGAGCUCCUUCCGUUAGCUUCUUCCCUGAGCUCAUCUCCUCAGCUCCUUCCCUGAGCUUCAUUCCUCAGCUCCUAUCCUCAGCUCCUUCCCUGAGCUACUUUCCUCAGCUCCUCUCCUCAGCUACUUCCCUUAGCUCAUUUCCUCAACUUCUUUUCUUGGCUCCUUUCCUCAUCUUCUUCCCUCAGCUCCUCUCCUCAGCUCCUUCCCUGAGCUCCUUUCCUCAGCUCCUUCCCUGAGCUCCUCUCCUCAUCUUCUUCCCUCAGCUCCUCUGCUCAUCUCCUUCUCUGAGCUCCUUUCCUCAAGUCCUCUACUCAGCGCCUUUCCUCAUCUCCUUUAAUCAGCUCCUCUCCUCAGCUUCUUCCCUCAGCUCCUUCCCUGAGCUUCUCUCCUUAUCUUCUUCCCUCAGCUCCUCUCCUCAGCUCCCUCCCUCAGCUCCUUUCCUUCUCUUGCUUCCUCUGUUUCUGUCCCUCAGCUUAUUUCCUCAGCUCCUUUCCUUCUCUUGCUCAGAUGGUGAAUUUUUAAAUCUGUCUGUUCUGCUUAAAUAAAGUGAAUUUUUAAACCUUUAAAUAUUAUUCGUCAUUUGUAAAAAUCGAUUUGACCUGCGUGGCGUUGUUGUUCUGCGUUAGUUGAAGCGCAGAGACGAUGUGUUGUGUUCAGGUACGGCAACACCACUGAGACAAACCAGGCGCAGACUUAGAGGAAGAAGGUUUCCUGAGUUUGGACAGGACAGCAGAUCAGCUGAGAGACGUGGGUGGACAUGAUGGACAUGGGGAGCAGAUUCAUGUCUCUGACCGAAGUUACAGGAAGCACAGACAUGUUUGACAUUCUUUUCAAAUUAAAAGUCCUUUUUUCUUCUCCUUGACUUCCUGUCCUGAUAUAGACUUUUCCGUGAUGUUAUCAUAUUUAAAUAUGGUUGAAUUUGUGGUUUUUAUGCUUCAGUUUAAAAGUGUUAUCAUCUUUACAUGAAAAAAUCCAGAUUUAUAAACUGUCCUGGUCAGUCUCUCAGUUCUGGACGGUUAUGUUUGAUGGUUUGUCUGUCUGUCUGUCUGUCUGUCUGUCUGUCUGUCUGUCUGUCUGUCUAUCUGUCUGUUUGUAUCUCAGACGUUCACUUUGAGUUUUUGAUGAUAACGAGUUGUUAUUCUGGUUUGAUUUAACUUAAUGAACACAAACAUGUUAAAGUUUGAAGUUUGUCGUGAAAGGAGAGUUUUUUUAAAACUUUCAGCUCAUAACAAAGAAAGUCUAUCUAAUUUUUAACCCUUCAUCCCCCCCCAAGCUCUGUUUACUGGAUUCUCUCACAGCCUCCCUCUGACCUUUGACCUCUGGCUGGUGGCAGCUAUCUUCUUUAUUGGUAAGAAAAGUCACACUCACUUCUUCAUCUGAAGAAUCAUGUCCACAAUAAAAGACUGACACACACCUUUACCUGCUCAAAUGCUCCAGCUGUGUGUGCGGUGGGCGGAGCUUUGUCCUCCUCCUGCAGGUGUGCAGCAAUCCUCAUGUUUCCCAGCAUGCUCGGCUCUCGUGGGCGAGCUUACCUGAUGCUGUUGAUCCUGACGGUGCUCUGCAGAGGUGAGCGCACUCGCAGACACACACACACACACACACACACACACACACAGAUCCGUCUUUGGACUUCGAACCUCGACGAUGACAGAAAGUCGUCGUCAGAAUUCAGAAACUCUGAGGUCAAACAGGAAGUUAUCAAAAUAAGAUGAAGUCAAUAAAGUUAAUUUAAUCAUAUGAAAACUAAAUCAGGGAGAAUUCAGAAUAAAAGAAAUGAUUUCAAAAUAAAAGCUCGGUAAAAGACAGGUUUUUAGUUUCAAAACAAAGUGUCUGAACUUUCUUUAAAAGUUGUUUAUAUCUGUCUGUCGCCCUUAGUUUAGUUUUAAUGCUCGUUCAUCAAUUUCAUCAACAUUUUAAAAUCAUGAUGAUGAACUCUCAUAACUUCAAUUUAUUUUAAAAGUUUAUUAAUUUGUUUUUUAUAAUAAUCACAACUUUUCCUCCCAUUCAGAACUUUUUAUCUUUUCGGGCUUAGAUCUCUCAUUCAAUCAAUCAUUUAUUUGCAACGUUUCGGUACUAGACCUUUAUCAGGCAAACUGUUUUUUGUUCAAGAGAAGCCAUCUUAAAUAGGGAGUGGUCAUUUCUCCAUGACCAAUCCCAUUCUCACGCGUAAACACAGAGGGACAAUAUCAUCAUCAGGUAAUUUAACCAAAGAGACAGCAAAUAAACAACAAAACACUUUGUGUGACAUCAGCCUAAAGUAAUACCCACAUGUCCAGAAGAGAAAUCCAUAACAUAGUGAAUCCAUUACAAAUAAAUCAGCAUUUUAAAAUAUGUUUUAGGAGAUAAGUUUACAUUGUAAGAUAAAAACAGACAUAUUUAAUUAACAAAUCUCCAUAUCUAGUACAAAAGGGCAUAUCUAUCACCAAAAUAUACAUCUAAUAACAAUCAUCCAAAGUUCAUUUUGUGCAUUUUGAACUACACACACUUACAAUGACAGUGAAUGACAACAACAGAAAAAGUCAUCCAGAUACCGGCAACAUUAUGGCUGUGCCUAAUUUCUAAAAAAUGUGGAAUAUGCAAAGGUUUUCCUCAUCACCAAGAUUUUUUUACUAAUCAGAAGGGGCUCAAAAAAACUGUCUGCCUGAUGAAGGUCUAGUACCGAAAUGUUGCAAAUAAAUGAUUGAUUGCAAGUCGGACAGUUUGCAGGAAUCCCUUUAAAACAUUUUUUUUUUUUAAACUAUGACUGAAUUUUUGUUAAAUAACUUCACCAACCUCAAUCACAGAAUUAUGAUAUCUUAAUAUCUGUAAAUUUUAUAUCAUUAAGACUCUUAUUCUGACUUUACACUGUGACAAAAUCUCACCAUGAUUUAUUGAUUUAUUUGUUUCAUCACCAUUUGAUCGGCUAAUCCGGACUUUUCCCGCCACAACCGCGACUCAGUGUUUGUUCAUAAAGACAGACUCAGCUGGAGCCAGUUUCCCCUCACUGUGGAGCAGACUGUGGAGUCCCUCAGAAUCAGAAUCAGAAUCAGAAGGGGUUUUAUUGCCAUUGUCGAUGAACAGGAUUCAUAGACUAGGAAUUUGUUUUGGCAUGAUGGUGCAACAAUAAACAGAGAGUAAUAUAAAAUACUAGAAUAAAAACUAAUAAGAGCAUGCAAGAAAUAUAUAAAGUACAAAAGUAUAAAAAUAUAAAAGGUUAUGUACAAUGCUAUGUACAUUAAGUAUAAAAGGCUAUGUACAACUAUACAAUACAGAACAACAGUGCAGUGGGAGGAGUGCAAUUAAGUUAAAGUGACUGAGUUAUAACGGGUUCAUGAGUCCAACGGCAGAGGGGAAGAAACUGUUCUUAUGGCGGGAGGUUCUGGUCCGAAUGGACCGUAGCCUCCUGCCCGAGGGGAGAGUCUCAAAUCGUCCCUGUGCAGGGUGAGAAGGGUCAGUUAUGAUCUGACUUGCCCGUCCCCAAGUCCUGAAGACGUACAGGUCAUGGAGAGAUGGAAGGCUACAGCCGAUCACCUUCUCAGCAGAGCCCACAAUGCACUGCAGUCUGUGUCUGUCCCUGGCAGUGGCCCCGGUGUACCACACCGUGAUGGAGGAGCUGAGGAUGGACUCGAUGAUGGCUGUGUAGAACUGCACCAUCAGCUGGACUGGCAGCUUAGCUUUCCUCAGCUGCUGCAGGAAGUACAUCCUCUGCUGGGCCUUCUUGAUGAGGGAGCUAAUGGUUGGCUCCCACUUGAGGUCCUGGGUGAUGGUGGUGCCGAGGAAGUGGUAACAGUCCACAGAAGAGAUGGGGGAGUCAGUGAGGUCUAGGGAGGGCAGGGGGGCUGUGGCUUUCCUGAAGUCCACAAUCAUCUCCACUGUCUUCUGGGCGUUGAGCUCUAGGUUGUUGCUGCAGCAUCAGGUCACCAGCCGGUCCACUUCCAUCCUGUAGGCAGACUCAUCUCCAUCCAAAAUGAGUCAGAUGAGGGUGGUGUCAUCCGCAAACUUGAUGAGCUUUACGGAGUCAUGGUUGGGGGUGCAGCAGUUGGUGUACAGGGAGAAGAGCAGAAGGGAAACUACACAGCCCUGUGGAGAUCCUGUGCUGAGAGCCUGAGUGUCAGAGACAUUCAUCCCUAGCCGAACACACUGACUCUGGUCUGUCAGGAAGUCUGUGAUCCACCUGCAGGUGGAGUCAGGUACGUGGAGCAGGGAAAGCUUGUCCUGGAUCAAAGCCAGAAGGAUGUUGUUGAAUGCAGAGCUGAAGUCCACGAACAGGAUCCUAGCGUAGGUUCCUGGGGAGUCCAGGUGCUGCAGGAUGAAGUGCAGGGCCAGGUUUAUGGCAUCGUCUACAGACCUGUUGGCUCUGUAGGCAAACUGCAGAGGGUCCAGGAGGGGGUCGGUGAUGGACUUCAGGUGGGAUAAAACCAGGCAUUCAAAGGUCUUCAUGACUACAGACGUAAGAGCCACCAGCCUGUAGUCAUUAAGUCCAGUUAUAAGAGGUUUCUUGGGGACAGGAACAAUGAUGGAGGACUUGAAACAGGCUGGAACAUGGCAUGACUCCAGGGAGGUGUUGAAGAUCCCCAUGAAGACUGGAGCUAGCUCAUCAGCGCAGUGUCUCAGAGUGGCAGGUGAGACACAGUCCGGGCCAGCAGCCUUGUGUGGACUCAGCCGCUUACACAGUCUGUUUACUUCCUCUUCCCGGACUGAGAGGGCAGCGGGGGGAGGGGGGUCCAGAGUGGUUGGAUUUCCAGUUGUGUGGGGGGUGAGGGGAUGUGAGUCCAUGACUUCGAAGCGUAAAUAGAAGUCGUUCAGGUUGUUGGCUAGUUUCAGGUCGUCAGUUGGUCAGGUGCUUUGGGCUUGUAGUUGGUAAUCUCUUUCAACCCCCUCCACACCGAGGCAGGGUGAUUGGCAGAGAAUCUUUGCUCCAGACGUGCAUUGUACCUGGCUUUAGCCUUUGCCACCUCCUUGCUAAAACUUUACUUGGCACAUUUGUAGCGGUCUCUGUCACCUUCCCUGAUAACCACCUCUUUCUGCUGACGGAGCUGCCGGAGCUUUGAUGUAAACCAGGGCUUGUUGUUGUUGUAUUUCACCCUGGUAUGCUGUGGGAUGACGCUGUCUUCACAGAAAUGAAUAUACAACGUCACAGUGUCUGUGUAAUUGUCUAAACUGUCUGUAGAAGCCUUAAAUAUCCCAGUCUGUGGUGUCCAAGCACAUGCGAAGCACCUCCACAGCUUCACUGGUCCACACUUUGGAUGUCCUCACUACAGGUUUACAGAGUUUUAGUCUCUGUCUGUAUGCGGGGAUCAGGUGAACCGUGGCGUGAUCUGAGAGUUCCAAAGCUGUGCGAGCCACAGCGCAAUAGGCACCACUCACUGCAGUGUAACAGUGAUCUAAUGUGUUCCCCUCUCUGGUCAGGCAUGUUACAAACUGUUUGUAUUUUGGUAGUUCCUGACUGAGAUUUCCUUUGUUAAAAUCACUGAGUAUUAUAACCAAGGAGUCUGGAAAAUUCCUCUCUACGCCCAUAACCUGCUCCGCAAGUGCAUGCUCGGCCUCGUGCACGUCCGCACUUGGUGGAAUGUAAAUGUGAAUGUGAAUUUCCCAGUUUGGGAUCAAUAAAGUAUAUCUAUCUAUCUAUCUAAACAGAGCAGAGUAUGAAUGAGACAAACUCACGUGGAGAGUAGAACAGUUUGCAGUUUAUGAAGAGAUAUUCCAGAGACGGAGAACAGUUUUGGGAGAUCACAGUCACGUCGGAGCACCAGGCAUUGUUGGUGUAGAAGCAGACUCCUCCACCCUUUGUUUUCCCACCGGAGAGUACACGAUCUCUGUCUGUACGGAGGAGCUGAAAACCCUCCAGUUGUAAGUCCAGGGGUCAGUGUUUGGACCUGAUGACACUCAGCUGGAUCUCCCUGGAGAACCAAACACACCUAAACCUGCUCAAACCCCACAGACUGAAAAACCCAGAACCAGAACCAGAACCAGCUUUAUUAGACAAGUAUGUGUACACAUACAAGAGACUGGACCCCAGUCGAGUUUCCCCUCUGUGUUCAAACCAAACUUAAGCUGAAACUGCAGAUCCAGGAUGGCCAUUUAAUCAAACAUGAACAAACUUGGACAAGAGCUGAGUCCGAGACCGCACAGAGGUUUACAGUUAUCAAUCAGGAUGAAGUUUUUCCAGAACUGGGUCAGAGGAGACAGAGCUUUUCCUGCUCCUACAUUAUGGAAUGAUUUACCUCUCCACAUUAGACGAGCUCCUUCACUGUCCACUUUUAAAACCUGUCUAAAAAGACACUUUUAUUCCUUGGCUUUUGAUCCAGCAUGAGUUCACACUGCAGGUUAUGAUGCACAAUUCGGAUUUUUUGUUAAAUCUGAUCUUUUUGUGCGGUCAUUCACAUUACAACAACGAAUGCGGCAUCUAAUGUGAACGGAAUGCGUCCGUGAAGUGACCCGCAUGCGUGGUGGUGUGAAUACAUUUCAAAUAUAGCCAUGUUACAUUAUGGUACUUUGACAGGGGUACAUGAUUUAUUAGAGAUUAAGUAUAGGUACAUACAUACAACAUAACAAAAUACACGUAGGUCUCAGUUGACGUUACAGCCUGUCAUCAGUUACAGGACUAAACCAGGAUUCAGUUUUGUGUUUAAAUGCAACAUUUUGAAGACACGUUAUCACUCAAGAGACAUAUUUCGUAAAUUGCUUUGACAACAGUGCUAUCCUUCAAUCAUAAACUUAUGAAUAACUCACCUGGGCUGGCUGCUGUGGUGGUGCCUGGAGAGUCAGCGGGGUCCUCUAUGGAGCUGUCAAGCAGCUCUAAAGGCAGACAGCUGGGUUUGUCACCCAGAAUUUUAUCCAGCUCUUCACAAAAUGGACAGGUUACACGGCCGCGUCCACUGCUUUGGCUCAUGUCCUUUGUCUCUUUAUAUUUACCGCAAAGGCUUUUGACUUUCUGCUGGCACUGUAGCCAGGAAUGCUCGAUGCCUUGCUUGGCCAAUUCCUUGGCAAUUUCCUCAAAAAUCACCCAGUUACGGUAUGAGCCCUUUAUUUUGGCUUGAACUGACUGGUCUCCCCAUAUAUAUAUCAACUCUAGUGUUUCUUUUUUCGCCACUGGCUGUUCACCGUUCCCUCAUCCGCCAAUGCUUUCUGAGCCUGUUUGUGUUGUCAAGCAAUGGUGACGUUUGUCGCAGAUUGGUGAUGUAUAGGUCGGAAGAACGCGACCUGAGUGUCCAUACUACAGUCACAUCGGAUACAUAUCCGAUUUAUAUCCACAUACAAAAGAGGCCUGGGUCGGAUUUGAAUAAAUCUGAAUUGCACUGUUCACACUUACAUGAAAAAAUCAGAUAUGUGUCACAUAUGGAUUCAGAUUCAAACAACUUCAUUUAUUCCCUAAGGACAAUUCCAUUCACAGUUACCCUGCCGUUUGAUCUAUCCGAACACACAAAUCAGCAGACAAACAAACCAGACAAGUGCAAGACAUUAAUAGCAGCCAGUAGACAACAACAUUCCCUUGUCAGUACUCAUAGAUCAGCGGGAUCAGCAAUAAAUAGCUAAAUAAGUACAAUAAGCUCAAGUUCCACAGAGCAAUGGUUAAAAUACAAUAAGAUCCACAAGUAUGAGACACAAGAUAAGAAAUAAAACACUCCUGAAGCUCCAGUUCAGCACAGGCCACAUAUGACUAUCAGCCUACUUCCUGGCAUUUAAAAGCCUGAUGGCUGAGGGGAUAAAAGAGUUUGAGUAUCUGUUCGUUUUCCUUGAGGGUGCAUAGUAGCGCCGCCAAGAAGGCAUAAGAAGAAAGUCAGAGAACAGAAUAUGUCCAGGCUGAUCCAAAAUUCCUCUGGCUUUCUUGACCACACGCUUCUCCCAAAGAGAGCUCAGGUCUGUCAUCUGCACUCCUAUAAUCUUGGAGCGGACUUUAACAAUCUACUUCAGGCUGUUUCUGUUCUUUACUGAUAGUCCAAUAAAUCAGCAGAUGAAAACGUUAACAGACUUUCAAUAAAAGAAUGAUAAAAACAAGAUAAAAUCCCCUCAGAAACACCAAAGGAGUUCAGCUUCCACAACAAGUAAAUCCUUUGUUGGCCACAUUUAACUAUUGACUCUGUAUUGCACACGAACUUUAAGUCAGAGUCAAACACAGUUCCAAGAUACUUUUAGGAGUCCACGAUUUGCACACUUUCUCAUGGAUGAUGCUAGCCUCGGGUGAAAGCCCUGGGCCUUUCCUUCUGAAGUCAAUGAUCAGUUCCUUUGUCUUUUGGACAUUGAGGUUGAGGAGGCUGUUGUCACACCAUUCAACAAACACUGAUAAAGCAUCCCCAUGACCUGACUCAGAACCCUCAAGAAGAGACAGCAGAGCCGUGUCAUUGGAGAAUUUGACAAGAUAGCUGCUGUCUUGGCUAGCCCUACAGCUGUCUGUGUACAGGAUAAAAAGCAGGGGAGAGAGGACACAGCCCUGAGAACCAGUGUUGGAUAAUAAUAGUUUGGACAUGUGACCAUUUACCAGGACCCGUUGGACUCUAUUUGUUAAAAAAUUCAAGAGCAGUAGUAAAAUCUGACUCAGCAAUUUAAAAGAAGAGGGGAGUCUCUUGAUUAAAAUAUGAGGCUUUAUUAAAGGGGACCUGCCAUCAAAAUUUCAUACCCAUUUUUAUCAUUUUUUCAUAAUCCUUGAUAUCUUCUGAUCAUGUUUGCAACAUAAUUUUAGCUGAAAGUUAUUUGAUGGUUUGUUUUAGUAUGCCUGAAAACCAACUGAUUUUGGCUCAUUAACAUUUAUAGUAAUGAGCUUUGCUCUGAUUUGAUCGCUGCUGUGAAGCCUGCUGUGCUCUGAUUGGCUCAGCAGUGGAGGUUUUGAUUUCGGUUUAGCCAUUGUUAUUAUGCUAGUAGCAUAUGCUAAUGUGUGCUAAAGUAAGGUGCCCAGAUGUCUGUAAUGAUAUCCAGGGAUAUUCGGUGCGGCGGCGGCAGGGGCUGCAGGGGCUGCAGGGGCUGUGUGAUCAAACAAAAUUUCGGUACUUUUUAGUAGCAGCACAUGCCCCUUGUAAUAACCCCCGUAAGAACUGUUGUUCAGGACUGCUUACUUGUGCUUCCUACCUAUUCGGCUACUGUAAUAACCGUUGUUCGAGCCCACACGCAACAUUUUUGCUCUCAUUCAUGAAACGCUUAAAUCAGGGACAUUUUCAGGGACAGCUUUUGCCGGGGACAGGUCAUCCAAUUCGGGGACUGUCCCCGGAAAUCAGGGACGUCUGGUCACCUUAUGCUAAAGGCUAAAAACGGCAGGUAUUAAACCAUAUAUUUUAGACCCCGAGUCCGAAGAGGAGGUGGAAGUUUUCCCAGCAGGGAACCGAAGGAAACACCGGUCGUUUGGAAGAGACCCAUAGCGGAUACAGUGGUAGCUGGGUCUCGCUCUGGCUGUGACUGAGUACGAGAACGAGAGAGUGGGCGCGGCUCACCAAGGACACGCUCGUGAAUAAUAAUGAGCAAUGUCAACGCAAUGUCAGAUUGACCUGCUUUUUCAAUUGGCCUGGUUUACCCGUUCCUUUAUUUUAAACCUUUACAGAAUGCAAAUGACGUAAUGGUUUGUUUUCACAUUUACAACAUAAGACGAACAUAAUAUGGACCUUAUCUGACACAAAAAAACCCCAAAAUUACAUUUUUAUGGCAGGUCCCCUUUAAAAAGGAGGCUUUAUUAAAAGCUGAUAAAAAUUCAGCAAAUAAAAGUCUAGCAUGACAUCCUGUUUUUUCAAGGUGCCUAUAAACUCUGUCUAAAAUAAGAAGCUUGGCAUCCUCCACACUUCUCCUGGCUUGAUAGGCAAACUGUAGAGGGUUGAGUUUGCCCUCAAUUAAGGAGAUGACUUCUUCUUUUAAAAUGUUUUCAAAUGAUUUCAUCACCAAGGAUGUCAGGGCCACAGGUCAAAAAUCAUUUAAAUCUUUUGGUUUAUUUGACUGAGGCACAGGAAUUAUGGUAUGGCAUGGUCUUUAUUGUCAUUGCAACUGUGCACAACGAAAUUGCAUUUACAGAUGUGGAAAGUACACACAAGAGGGAGGGAGAGGAGGAGGUACCUGGACUGACUCCACUCAUUAAUAUGAGUGCAGUGACAGAAAAACCCUCAGCAACAUGAGCACAUUACUGACACCACAUACACAGAGAUUCGGAGACAUGCUAUGGUUGUGGGGGGUGAGUAGUGGAAUGGGUCAUCAGUGAUGGUAGGAAGCCCACAGCUGCUGCCCACAGGCGCAGCCAGUCAGGGUACCACCCACCGCACUGAGGGGUGAAGCGUCAAAGGCGUUAGGUGGGGGAGAGGUGAGUGUGUGCGUAUGUGCAUGUGUGUGAAGGUUCAUGGAUGUGUGUGUGCGUAGGCCCAGGAGGUCACUCCGUCCAUCGCCACAAUCUUGGUGCCGCAGGGUGUCAGCGCGAUAGCACAGCGGUUGUUGUGGUGAUGACCUUGAUUGAGUUCCAGACAAAGUCAACAAUCUGCAGGUGUCCGUGAAGGAGGGGGUUGGGGAGGAAAGUUCAGAGCGUCGAAUUGCUGAGAUCUCCUGGAGGAGUUGUGCCAGCAUCGACCUUGGCCAAGGCCGAUACCGAGGGAGCGGAAUAGUGGAUUAGAAUAUUUGGGUUAGAGCGAGUAGCCACAUUCCAAUAGACUUCGGCUACUCUGAUUGUCCAUCCUGGUCUCUAUAUCGAUCCAUUGUCUUCUGCAAAGUCGAAAGCCUCUCCAAAAUGACAUUUCCCUUGCAAUCCCCAAUCAUUCAUUGAUGUUGAAGAUUGGAGACCGCCCCAGAAAGAGUUCCUACGGCUUUGCCCACCUCAAAAAUCAUGACGGGCAGCCUUUGGGGGCUCUUGACCACUGCCAGCAUCUCCUUGUUUGUAGAUAAAUCAGGGCAAAAGCCAAACAGCAACAGACCUGUUAUCAUGGUUCCGAAAAGGUAGACAUCUUCCACAUCCUCCAUGGAAAGGACCGACAGGCACGCGACACGCCACUUCCCCCAGCUGUCCAUCACGUAGCCCACGGCGGACGUUCCGUCGGGGCAGGCAGGUUCCCCCGAAACCUCCAAUCUUGUCACUCGCGUUGAGAGACCAGUUGAUCAAUUCCAUGGUUGGUUUCGGAGAUCAGGCAGUGAGAAGCUCUGAGAGUUUCAGACAAAACGGGACGAGACGAAGAGGCAAAGCAGGGGGCAGGGAGAUAGGGGAGAGGGGAGAAAUGCGACCGCCUUUCGUUGAGAGCCGGAAGGAACUAUGAUUGUUGCUGUUUUCCAAAUCAAUGGAAUCUCACUCAAAAGAUAAGUGAACACCUCACUGAGCUGGACAGCACAGUGACGCAGUGUGCGUCCACAGAUGAAGUCAGGGCCAGCAGCCUUCCUAAUGUCAACUCUACUGAACAAAGAUGUGACUAUUUCCUGGGCAAUCACCAAGACAGAAUCAUUAACAAGGGACGCUCUCAACAUGGAAAUAUUACAAAGGAAAUCAGACCUUUUCCAAUGAGAAAAAAAUGAAUUAAAGACGUCUGCCAAGUCAUUGUCACUCACAUCACUGACUGUGACAGGAUGCUUAGUUUGAGUGGACUGGUUGAUGGAUGCCAUGGACUUAAUUCCACUCCAGGCUGCCCUAAGGUCUCCCCCACUAAACUGGUUUUCAAUUUUAUUCCUAUACUCCAAUUUUGCCGUCUUUACUUCUGCCUUUACCUCCCUGGAGGUAGCUUUUAUCUCUAGUGGCACCCCAGAAUAGAAGACCCUUUUCUUAUUAUUGAUGACUGAUUUCAGUUCUUUUGUGACCCAAGGCUUAUUAUUUGGGUAAGUAGCCACCUUCUAAGUUGGAAUAACCAGGUCCACACAAAAAGUAAUGUAAGAGGAUAUUGUCUCUGUAAGUUUGUUCGUAUCCUCACAUGCAUUGUAAAAGCACUGCCAGUCUGUGCACUCAAAGCAUGCUUGAGGAGAGGAAAUGCUGCUUUCUGACCACUUUUUUACCGUCUUUUCCCCAUUUUUGAGGCUGAAAGUGAGGAAUGUACAGGGGAAAUGUACAAUGAGAAAAACACUGUUGUGAUAAGAAGCACCAAAAGACGGCAUAGGCAGAGAUUUAUAAGUUUCACUGACUGAGCCAUAACACAGAUCCAAAGUUGUGUUCUUCCAUGCACAGGUGACAUAUUGAUCAUAAGUUCUCAGAGUUUUGUCAAGUUUACAAUGAUUAAAAUCCCCAAGGAUAAAUUUGGGUGCAUCUGGGCAUAUCGAGUCCACAAAUUGCGUGACGUCAGCAAUCAGCUGGGCAGCAGCUGACGCAUUGGCUCGUGGAUGAAUGUACACUAAAGUGAAAAACAGUUGUUGGAAUUCGCGAGGCAGAUACAACGGGCGGAGAGAGAUAGACAGCAGCUCGAUAUCUGCCGUACAUAUCCUCUUCCUGACCACGACGGUUUUACAGUACCUUUGGUUUACGUAGAAACAUACUCCUCCUCCGCGACUCUUCCCGGUGGCGUCCGGGGACCGGUCCAGCCAAAUAGGGCAUCCAAACCCACUUAGCUGCAGGUCAGAGUCUGGGAACGAUUCACCGUGCCAUGUUUCCGUAAAAGCAAGGAGACAUGUGUCUUUUAUUUCCCUUUCGAACUUGGCGCUCGCCUCCAAUUCAUCUAUUUUGUGCCGGAUAGACUGCACAUUUGACAGCAGGACAGUGGGAAGAGGCGGAAGCUUACGGCGGCUAUCAAGCCGGAGAUUCUUCAGUCUACAGUGAAUUCCACCUCUUCUUCCCCAUUUCCUACCCUCCUUAGAUGGCUUACGAAGCUCCGCCGGAAUGUUUGCAGGAACAUUGCCGGCUGUAGACAUGGUUAAAGGGGACCUGCCAUCAAAAAUGUAAUUUUGUGUGUUUUUGUGUCAGAUAAGGUCCAUAUUAUGUUCGUCUUAUGUUGUAAAUGUGAAAACAUACCGUUACGUCGUUUGCAUUCUGUAAAGGUUUAAAAAAAAAGAAACGGGUAAACCAGGCCAAUUGAAAAAAAAGGUCCUUCUGACGUCGCACUGACUUUGCUCAUUAUUAUUCACGACCGCGUCCUCGGUGAGCUGCGCCCACUCUCUCGUUCUCAUACCCAGUCACAGUCAACAUCACUCUCCAGCCAGAGCGAGACCCAGCUACCGAUGUAUCCGCUAUUGGUCUCUUCCAAACGACCGGUGUUUCCUUGGGUUCACUGCCGGGAAAAUGAACUUAAAGCUGGGCAGAAUGAAUGAGAAAACACCGCUGGAGAUCUCCGGCUUCUUCUUCAACUUCCACCUCCUCUUCGGACUCGGGGUCUAAAAUAUAUGGUUUAAUACCUGCCAUUUUUAGCCUUUAGCAUAAGGUGACCAGACGUCCCCGAUUUCCGGGGACAGUCCCCAAAUUGGAUGACCUGUCCCCGGCAAAAGCUGUCCCCGAAAAUGUCCCAGAUUUAAGCGUUUCAUGAAUGAGAGCAAAAAUGUUGCAUGUGGGCUCGAACAACGGUUAUUACAGUUGGUAGGAAACACAAGUAAGCAGUCCUGAACAACAGUUCUUACGGGGGUUAUUACAAGGGGCAUGCGCUGCUACUAAAUAGUACCGAGAUGUUGUCUGUGAUCACGCAGCCCCUGCACCCCCGCUGCCGCCGCACCGAAUGUCCCAGGAUUUCAUUACAGACAUCUGGGUACCUUACUUUAGCACACAUUAGCAAAAUGGAUAAACCGAAAUCCAAACUUCCACUGCUGAGCCAAUCAGAACACAGCAGGCUUUACAGCAGCGAUCCAAUCAGAGCAAAGCUCAUUACCAUAAAUGUUAAUGAGCCAAAAUCAGUUGGUUUUCCUGUAAGGUUUUUUAGGCAUACUAAAAACAAACCAUCAAAUAACUUUUCAGCUAAAAUUAUGCAAACAUGAUCAGAGGACAUCAAGGAUUAUGAAAAAAUGAUAAAAAUGGGUAUGAAAUUUUGAUGGCAGGUCCCCUUUAAAAAAUCGGAAUUGACCUGCAGUGUGAACACAGCUUUUUAUUGCCUUUUUAUUAUCACUAUUUCUUGUUGUUUUAUGUUUUUAUGUUAUUAUGUACAGCACUCUGUGUUAGCUUUGGUUGAGUUGAGAGUUUUAGUGAGAGCUGCUGUGGUCCUCUCUCCAUGAUGAGACGGUCUCUAACAGGGUCAAUCUGAAGGUCAGGGUCAGUCUGAAGGUCAUGGCCUAACCAUGGUCAGUUUUUGUUGUAGGUCCUGUCUCGAACAUUCGCAGAAACUUGGAGACGGCGGCGCUGUCGGUCAGCUGUAACCUGGACCUGCAGGUCCAUCACAGCAGGAUCCUUUGGAGAGACGCCAUCAGACCGUUCGUCCUCAUCACACAGGACCUCAUGGUGAGAGUUAACAUCUGACCUUCUGAGCUGAAGAUCAUUGAUCAGUUUUAACCAUCAGAAAUAACCAGGAAGUGUCUGUGUGGAGGCUGAGCUUUGAUUGGACAGGAGGACUGACCUUCCUCCUCUUCUUCAGGAUGAUGAAGAAAAGUUUCAGUCUGAGGCUCUGAUCGUCAGCAGGAAGUUUCAGAACAUCAGAGACGAGGUCGUCCUUCAGUACGGAUAUGACCGCUUCAAAAACCCCACUGCCGCCACCGCCAUGGGCAACAGCACGCAGCAGCAGUUCAGCGCCAAGACCAUGAUGCAGUGUGACAGUGAGAGGAGCGCUGAUCUGAACAUGUUUGAUUUUAUCAAGACUGUGUGUUCAUGUAUGUGUGUGUGUGUGCGUGCGUGCGUGCGUGCGUGUGUGUGUGUGUUCUCCAGGUGUGGUGGAUGAGGGUGUGCAGCGAUGUGCUGAUUGGUUCAGCCUCAGGUGGGCGAAGUGUAUGGAGGCGAUCCCUGUCCCCGUCGUUAACCAUGUGCUCUGUGUGUCCAUGAAGUUCCACUUCCUGUGUGGGGUCUUGAGAGGUGAGAGGACACUGUGGUUGACCUUCACUUCUCGCUCUCCUAAAUCAAGACCUCCUCUGCAUCAUCAUAUCUUCAUUGAGGUCCUCAUUGAGUUAUUAGACCUUUGUUCCUCCCCCUCCUCCUUCUCCUCCUCCUCUCCUCUUCCUCCGCCUUCUCCUCCUCCCAGUCAUGACUCCAUGGUGUAGGGAGCAGAUUCCUGUGGAGGAGAACUUUGGUCAGCUCUUCGAUCAGUUAAACUCCUCAGUUCACCUCCUCUCCAAGGAGUUCAGCACACAGCUCCUCCUACAGGUCAGAGACCAUAAAGACACCUGGACUGACUCCUCCUCCUCUAACACCUGGACUGACUCCUCCUCUAACACCUGGACUGACUCCUCCUCCUCUAACACCUGGACUGACUCCUCUGUACGCUCAGUUUAUUGAAUCUCUAUUUGACCUUUGACCUCUUGCAGGAGCAACAGGAGCAGGAGGUGCUGAGUGGACCGGUUCUGGAUGAGGAGUUCACUAAAGCUGUCAGAGGAAACCUCCAGAACCUGAACAGGAUGAUGGAGCAGCUCCUGGAGGUCCUGCAGCUACUCCUCUCCUUCUCCUUCAUCACCAUCAUCACUCAGUAAGACCCACACGCCACCUCCUCCUCCUGCUCACCACAACAAUGACCCUCUUCUCCUCCUUCUUCUCCUUCUCCUGUUCCUUCUCCUCCUUUUCCUCCCCAGAGCGUUCAGUUACCUCCGCCAGUACAGGAGGGAUGUCUGCUUUGAUAACUUCUACAUCACCACCUACUUCAGACAGAUCGACACACGCAGGAUGAGAGCGGUACCAUCAUCAUCUCCAUCAUCUCCAUCAUCUUCAUCAUCCUCAUCACCUGGGUCUGUCUCUGGUUUAUUGUUCUUCUGUCUUGUCAGGGGAAACGUCACCUGCUGCCUCUGAACCAAUCAGAGAAGAAGAAGUUGGUGGACCCCUGGAGUCCAAGACUCCAUCCUGAGGAGCUCAGACAGAUGGUGGGUCCAGCUCAAACACUGGUACUCUCAGGGUUUCAUUUUGGAGCUGGUCUCUGAGGACCCCUCAGUUCAUGAAGAACUGGUCUAAGGGGGACUUCACACCCAGCUGCAGAUGGUCAAGACUGGAUCAGGUGUUCCUGUGAACACCUGAUCCAGUCUGAGUCAGAGGGGCACAAACUCAGACAAGGUACUGCAUGGAAUACUCCAGACCUGCAAGAGGAUUUAGGUGGAAAAACUGUUACCCAGGACUUUCAACGCAUACAGAACAGCGGCGAUUUUUGUCGUCCACCAGUUCCUACUGGAUCCGUUUGUGAGGUGAAUUUCGUGGCGGAUUACAGACAGCGGUGAUCACGAGAACUCACAAGAACCCAUGGAUUCACAUUCAAUAUAGAGAUAGUUGUCUCUAUAAAGACUGCUACAUAGACAUAUAAGCAGUAGAUUCUGUGCUUCCAGAGGAGAAAUUCUACUUCUAGACUUCUAGAAUCAGCAUCUCCUCAUCCAUGGUGUAAUCGGGGUGGAAUGACGUCUAAAAAACGUUCACUUGUUCGGCUCCGCCCAUUUGCAUGAUGUGAAAUACGAUCCUCCUUAAACACGGAGUGUUUCAUUUUGAAAAGAAACCAGAUGCUUUAUUUUGUGUCUGUGCCUGACUUCCUUUCCUGCACGGGUUAAUCUGUGCUGGAUUUAUGCACCAUAGAACUCUUGUGAUCAGCUGUGGAGUCCGGCAAUCUGCAGCGGAACGGAAAGAAGCUGGUGGAAAUUGACACAUUAACUUGAAUAGUUACAAUCAGUUAUGAUCAGAGGAUACAACGUUUUCGUAGACGUUCAGGAUGAGGUGGAAACUGGGAGUCAGGCAGGGAAGGAUCUGCACUGAGGUCUGGGUCUCUUUCAGGUUGAAUCAGGGGUCACUGUGUGUGUGUGUGUGUGUGUGUGUGUGUGUGUGUGUGUGUGUGUGUGUGUGUGUGUGUGUGUGUGUGUGUCUCAGACAUCGGGUGUGUUUCAGGUUUUCUCCGUCGCUCUGCUCUCUCUUGUCCUUCUGUCCAUCGACUUCUCUCUCCACCACGUGUUGGACAUCAUCAGCAGACACACCUUCAUCCAGCUCAACCUGACCAGUGAGCGCACACAGGCACACACGCACGCACACACGACACAAAUAUACACACGCACUCUUUAACGUCAAAGAGGACGACUACAGGAAGUCCUCUCUGCAGGUCAUCAUCAGGUGGACAUCAGAGUGGGCGGAGACUCCAUGAUGGCCCGCCUCCUCAGGAAGACUGUGUCAGCUUUCAACAGCUCUUCAGUCCUCGACAUUCGUGCUGACAACCAGGGUAAGUCUUUUCUAUUUUUUUAUUUUUUAACUAUUUACAUUUUUAUUUAUUUUGUAACUCUUUAUUUACUUUUUGCAUCUUUUGACUCUUUAUUUACUUUUUUUUUUUAAUCUUUUAAGAUCAUAUUUAUUUUUUUCAAUAAUUUAUUUACUUUUUUAAAACUCUUUUUUAAAACUCUUUAUUUACUUUUUUCUUAACUCUUUAUAACUUUUUUUUUUAAACUUUUUUUUUUAACUCCUUAUUUAUUUUUUAAAACUCUAUUUAUUCUCUUUAUAACUCUUUAUUUACUCUUUUUAAAUCUUUCUAAACUCGUUUUUUCCCUGUGUUCUGCUGUCUGUUUGCUCUUUAAUGCUUGAGGGUGUCUUCAGCAUGUUUCACAUGGCAGUGCUCUGAUCUUCCAACAGAGGGCGACAGCCUCAUUAAGAUCAUGUCCUCUUUUCUCUCUGAGAAACUGAACAGUGAUGAGACAAUGACCCUCAAACUCAGAUGACCGGCUGUGUGUUUGUUUUGUGUGUGUGUUUUCCCCUUUUGUCUCACCAUAGCUGCCCAGGUGAAGUCACUGAGUGACAAUUUUGAAGACUUGUGUCCAUUUGUGUUGUGGUGGCGACAGUCACUUUUGUUGGAUCUUUUGUGUGCUGUUUGUGACAGAUAGUGUUGUAGUUCUGACUACUUUUGCUGACCCGUUUGUGUGUGACUGUUCACGCCACUUUAGUGUUAGACAUCUGUUACUGUGUGUGGUAUUGGCAAAUUUUGUGUUUUGCUCUUUGUGUUUGUGUUAACCUCAUGGUAGAAGCCAUUUUGCUUUGUGGGAGUGGCACCCACUUAAUUGGCUACUUUUGGGAUGGAUGCGCUUAAAUUUGGUUGCAGCAUCUUCUGUGGCCCUAAUGAUUGAAUAAGGUUUUGUGUUCCUCAUGACCCAUUUUGCACCUUUUUGUCAGCAGUGGUUGUCUUCAGUUUUGGUGAAGAGUGAAUUUUUUUUUUUUUUUUUUUUUUUUUUCAAGCUUGUGCAGUGGCCUGUGUUUUGUGACACACAGUCUUGGUGAGUAACACCAAUUUAGUUAGUUUCAUGUUUUAAUAUAGUUGGCACAAUGCACUUUAAUUCAAUGAAUUGUUGAAGGUGUUUUGUUAAUUUAAUGGGUCAAAAGAUGAGGAUAGUUGUUAGCCCCAUAGGGCUGCCUUCGGGUGGGGCGUAACAUUCAGUCGACCUUGAAUUCUCUAAUAUCCUUCUAACUCGCUCUGAUUGUGUCGGCUGCAGGACUUGAAGUUUGUCAUGUUUUAUUGAAUGAUACUAACCCCCUCCCCUUUUAUCCCCCUCCCCCAGUGUGUGUGUCUUCCCCCUCCUCCCUCCCAGCAGGUGUGUAUAUCAGCUGUGUCUUUUGUGUCCUGCUGGUGGCGCUCUUUAGCUGUCUGCAGGUUUACACCAACCGCCUCAGACGGGCCAUCGCCGCCUUUUUCCACCCAAAGGUACGAACAGGUCAUGUGACAGGUGACAAGAGCAGGUGUCUGAACUACAAACGAUCAUAAAAACUACAAAGAUGGGGGGAGCGUGUACCUGCAGGGCUGUGACCCACUGUCCAGGUGUUCAGGGUCAGAACUCAAUGACCAGGACGGGAUGAUAAUGCAGCAGUUUAAGGAAAGUGCUGAGAGCAGAGAGUGAAGUCUUUGUAAUGAGAUUACAGUUUGGACAGAUGAGCUCGUCAUUACCUGAGGAUCAGGACCAAUCAGAGCUGCCCGCUGUCCCCAACAGACCAGGAUUAGAGACAAUACACCUGAGGGACAAAAGGAACCUGAACCCUGAAACAACGCACUGAUGUCACUACCUCUCUCUCUCUCUCUCUCACACACACACACACACACACACACACACACACACACACACACACACACACACACACUCACUGUGUUUAAACUCUAUUAGCUGCAGUAAAUCUGAUCAGAGAGACAAUUAAUGUAAGGGGAUCAGAGCGAAGCAGGAGGGCGAGAGACAGAGAGAAAGCGAGAGAGAGAGAGAGAGAGAGAGAGAGUAAGAGUUUUCAGUUUUGUUUUUAUCGAUCAUUUCCACAGUGACUCUUCUCAGUCUCCCUCGAUGAACACAUAUGAGUGUAAAACAAACAGAUUUAAAGCUGCAGUAGGGAGUUUUUAUGACGACAACGACGGCAAAGGAGUUUAUAAAUUCAGACAUUUGAAGCUGAGAGCAGAGGAAGUGUCAGACAGGCAAACCUUUAAACACUACUUCAUCAGAACCAGAACCAGAACCAGCUUUAUUGGCCAAGUCUCCCACACAUUCAAACAGUCUGAGUCAAGUGAACUUCGCCCUCCGUGAACAAACACUAAUCAUGUUCUGGCUGUGAUGAUGGGAUGGUGAGGGCUGAUGAGUGAGUGAAGCAUAUGUACAUUUAAAGGGGGGAGGGGGCAAACUUGACCGGACAGAAAGUUCCUCUUUGGUUCCUUUUUGUGUCUAAAUGUUUUAAACUCUAACCCUAACUCUGUGUGUGUGUGUGUGUGUGUGUGUGUGUGUGUGUGUGUGUGUGUGUGUGUGUGUGUGUGUGUGUGUGUCUCAGAGGGAGAAGAGCAGAACCUUAUUUCUCUAUAACCUACAGCUCCAGAGGAGGAUUUCCUGUCCUGACAGGAAACGCAUCAUCACUAGUGGACAGAGCAGCAGGACGGUGAGGGACGCAUGUUUUUUUUUUAUUUUAAUUGUAGGCGGUCUGGGACUGUCCCUCGCACAAUAUUUUUUUUUUUGUAGGAUGGUAUGGGGAAGGUCUCGCCUCUUUCGCCUCUGAUUGGCUGUGAAAAGUCAUCACACACUCAAGCCAAGCGCAGGCCGUGGGCUCUGAACUUUGAACAGAACAUUACAGAACCUGAAGCUGCAGCUAUAAGGAAUAACCAAUCGGCGCUCAGCACUUCUCGCCAAUAAGAGGCAAAGGAGGGCGGGACCUUCCUCUACCAUCUUACAAAAAAAAAGUUGUGUCUGGGAAAGUGGGAGGGGAUGAGUCGGAACUACAGGAGAGGGGUGUGUUGAAUACAGCGAGGUAAUUGGAUGGAGAGGCGGAGCAGGAGAUUGACCAAUAGAAGCUGUCCAGGAAGGAUGGCUCCCAUUGGUCAAUGUUUUUCCAUUCUUUUUCUCUUCACUUUGUAGAGAUUGCACUAUAGGACCAUGAUCGCCAUAGAAACGAGGUUCAUGAUAAUUACCAACCUUACAAUCGUCAACCAUGACUUUAAGGUCUGAAGGGUCCACUCACAGGGGGCGGAGCCUCUGCAGAGAUGCACGAAUGGGGGCCGAGUUUUUCGGGGUCGGACUGGGAUCAGGUCUGUGUCUGUUUGUCUGUAGGAUGUCUGGGUCCACUAUCAGACCAGAGUCCGGGGGGUAUUCCACGAAGCUGGCUAAAGAAGGCUGGGCUAUCACCGGUAAGCGUGGCUUGAGUAAGCGGCCACUUUAAUCUUAGCUGCGACUCGUUCCACUAACGAGGCUCAGCUGUUUUUCAGAGACGCUUAUUCUAGCCAGGCUGAUCCAAGCUGCGGCUACGCGCGCCUCCGCGGUACAUAAUAAGCCCCGACGUAUCGAUUGUCGAAAUGACAAGAUCAUGGUAAAAAAAAGGGCAGAGCGGAGUCUUUCUCAGCGGCGGAGCAAACACUUCUCAUGGAGUUGUACGAAGAGUACAAGGGAAAAAUUCAAAAGAAGGGCAACACUAUUGCCAUUGUGAAAGCCAGGGAGAUGGUGUGGCAAAGUAUCGCGGACCGUUUAGAUUCAUAAGUUAUAGCCAACAAAUAUUUUACAACCGACGCAUGUCUCGAUGCAGUCAGCCUGCUUGGCUGUCUAAUUUUAUUCCUCACUUCUGCUUAUGUACUGUAAACACUUCUGUUUAACUUUUCAUCUCGUGUAUGUGCAGCUCACUCAUACAGUCUGUCAGCCUCUGUGCAGCACCUUCGCAGCAAGCAGGGGCGCCUACAGCAACAGGGGGCGCCAAUUUGACAAGAGUUAAUACAAAACUGCUUUGCGGUGCAGAUUUAUUAUUAUUACUUUUUUUCUUUCUUUUUUGGAAGUGCUCAUGCCGCCCCCCAUGAGUCAUAACACAAAUGCCGCCCUGGGCGGCUGCCCGGUUCGCCCGUGCCUAGAACCGCUACUGUACUGUAGGCAUAAUUCAUGUUCUUGAUUUGACAAAUAGAGAUCCAUAAUGGAUUAGUAUAGCAGCUACAGGUAAGACCAAAAACCAAAGUAGGCAAAAAAAAAGAAGAAAAACAUGUACCUGGAGAUGUCUUUUUUUAUUUAUUUAUUUAUUUGUUAGGGAUGAUAGUGGCACAGCACCCUUCAUUUAAAUAAGGGAGAAGACACAAAUGAGCUUGUACACAGAGUAGUCAUGUCGUCAUUUGCCAUCACCUUUACAUUAUCAUCAUCAUAAUCACAAUGGACCACUGGUGAAAGGAAGGUUUUUUUAAUGGGAAAUUGUUGCUGUUGUCGCCUUCAGUGUUUUGGAUGAGAUCAUUUGUGCCUUUAUUCUGUUAUGUGUUGACAGUACAUUGAGAGUCACAGAAUAAAAGAAAGAAAGUCAGAUAUUUCCAAAUAAUUACAGCUGAUGGGAUCGAACCCACAGAGCAGUGAAAAACACAUUUUACCGGCACUUCUCUUUACCCACUCAGCAACUGAAUUUCUCUUUCUCUUUGAGGUUGGCGUAGUAUUGGGCAUGUCCGGAUUCACGUAUUCCUAAGUUGUUUUAAAAAGCUCUCAAUUUAUUUUUCCGAACAAGGGCAUCAUUUAUUACAGAUAAAGAUGAAAUUACUGUGUGACAUGCGGUUCACAAAGCGUCUUCUGGAAGCCUGUCGGACCCUCUCUGAGACGCAGCUAAGGUUAGCUUGACCGUAAGCCUGCCUGGGACCAGGCUUGUCGCGCUGGCUGAGUUACCAUGGUUACCAAGCCACACUAGCCCUAAGCCUCGUUUGUGGAACCGAACUCUCACUAAAAUUUGCCGAGCUAAUCGAAAUAAGCCAGGCUUUGAGCUAAGCCAGCUUCGUGGAAUACCCCCCAGGUCCUCAGGUCUAGUCUGGACUCUGUGAUCUCAGGAUUUCCUCAUUCUUUCAUUUUCACUCAGUCAUCCUGUCAUCAUCUACUCCUGAAGGUCCUGGACCGUCUCUGCAGUCUGGGACGUGGUCUCUGUGGGGGUCCAGAACAGGAGGAGUCAGACCGAGAGGAGACGCACCAAGACCCCUGUUAGACCAGGACCAGGUCUGACCUGCUGCUGCUGCAGAAGAAGAAACCUUGACCUUUAACCUCUGUGACAGUAAAACCAUAAAGGGGGUCAGGUCUCUGAGUCUGAGUCUGUCAGUCUGGGACAUGAAGA